AUGGCAGCCCUGAAACCUGAAAAGAACCAGUGCAACAGAUAUACUCAGCAGGGGGGAAAAAUGGAUGAGACUAUCUUGGGCCCUGAAGAAUUAAAGGGGGUAAUACAGGAGCUUGGGUUCAUGCAAUAUGACACUGAUGAGGAUUUUCCAGAAAAGGAGAAGUCUACAGCAAAGGCCCUGGAAGAUGUAAAGGCAAACUUUUAUUGUGAAUUAUGUGACAAGCAGUAUCACAAGCACCAGGAAUUUGACAAUCAUAUUAAUUCUUACGAUCACGCUCAUAAGCAGAGACUGAAAGAAUUAAAGCAACGGGAAUUUGCUCGAAACGUAGCUUCCAAGUCAUGGAAAGAUGAGAAGAAACAAGAAAAAGCACUUAAACGGCUUCAUCAGCUGGCCGAGUUAAGGCAACAGUCUGAAUGUGUUUCUGGAAAUGGACCAGCAUACAAAGCUCCCAGGGUAGCCAUAGAAAAGCAACUCCAGCAAGGGAUUUUCCCAGUUAAGAAUGGCAGAAAGGUAUCAUGCAUGAAGAGCACUCUUCUCCUUAAAGGAAAGAAUCUUCCCAGAAGCAUUUCUGAUAAACAGCGGUCCACCAUGCAAAAUCGACACCAGUUACAAAUGGACAAACGUUAUUUAUUCGGAAAUCGGGUACCACAGACAUCUUUGGACCUCAACAAUGCAAAUCACAGGACAGGAGUAUCAUUUUCUUUUUCCAAAAAGGUACAUCUAAAAUUAGAGUCUUCAGCAUCAGUUUUCAGUGAGAACACAGAAGAAACUCACGAUUGUAACAAGUCACCCAGCUGUAAAGCAAAACCAACUGCAGAGAAAUGUAAGUGCCACAGGUUUGCAAGUGAGGAUGUACCUCUCACUAAGGAAAAAGAUAUAAACAUCACACCAAGCCAUCUGGAACAUGUUUUACACAAUACCUUCGCCAUCAGCUCUCAAAUCGUUCAAGACAAAAAUGACUCUAUUGAUGAAACACGGGAAGAUUCAAUUGGCUUUCGUGCUUCAUUCUCUCAAUCUAAUAUUCAUCUUGCAGAUGUGGCUUUUGCUCCUUGCAGCAGAGAAAAAGAAAGUCGAAGUACAUUGAAGAACACUUCAGAAAACUGCAUUAAUCACUCAUGCCAAGCAAAUGCUUCCUCCAGCUCACCAAACAUUUACAGGCACAGUGAUGCCAGGAUAUUUGGAUGUCUGGAUGAGUGUCCAUCACUGGAGCCAAGUAAGCAAAACAGUACAGUGCACCUGAAUCCCAACUCCAGAAUGGAGAAGAGAGAAGAAUCUUCAGAUGAAACAGAAAGAGUUAGCAAAAAUGCACCAAGGCUUGUAAGAGAAGCGUGUCCCCAUGAUGUGAAGUCUAAACCAUUGCCUUUUCUCCAUGUACAAAGUAAGGAUGGCCAUACCACUCUCCAGUGGCCCACGGAACUUUUGCUUUUUACAAAAACAGAGCCCUGUAUCUCUUAUGGAUGCAACCCAUUAUAUUUUGAUUUUAAGCUUUCUCGGAACACAAAGAGUGACCAUGAUUCAGAGGACUUAAAAAGAGAAUUGAUUAAGGAGCCCUCAGAAAUGAAGACUAAAAUAGAGAGCCAAGUCUCAGGUUUAAUCAAAGACCAACAGAAACUGAUCCAAGAAAAUGAUCAGUCUCUGAAACCAAAGAUGAUGAUAGCUAAUCCAGAUUGGGAAAAUUUCCAGAGAAAAUGUAAUUUGGGCUACAGUGACUCUGAGCCAAAUGUGAGUAAAAAUAAUUUUAGUGCAAAUGAUUUGGAAAUGAAAAAUCCUGAAGUGCCUGCUUUCCUUGAUAUCGCUCUAAAGAAUUGUGUAGAAAACAAUAAUAAUAGUGAUAAUGAACUUAAGGAACCUUCCAGGGCCCAUUGGCAAAGCUGCCAAAGAGUAGUUCUAAAUGAUGCAAAUGAGGGCCUAUCUUUUUCUCCUUACAUAUCUAGGACUAAAAAACCAAAACUGAUCCCUUGUGAUCCUCAUUCAGAUUUUGAAGAUGCAGAUCAAUUUGCCUGGAAUCCUAGUCCUUACCCAGUGAGCAGUCACAGUGAUCAUGGGAAGGACUUUAGUCUAAUUGUGAAUAGGAACAUCAGCAUGACCAGUAAGGUUUCUGGAUGUAGAAACCAAUCUUACAAGACAAAUUCUCCAAAGUUGUCUCUGAAUCGAACGUCUAGCCCUUCAGACACAAACCCUGGUAGCACAGCCAGCUUGAGAGCUACUUGUUCAAUUCGUAAGUCCGGCAGUAAUGGCAGACGUAAUGUGCUGUACUUUUGUGAAAGAGAACACAACCCAGCUGAAAGGCACAAAGGAAGACAUCAGAAACAGAACUGCUUCUGCGCAUCGGAGGAGUUAGCAAAGAGCCCCUUCCUGCCAUCUGAAAUACAGAGAGACCAGAACUACAGAUUGUGGGAAUCAUUUAAGAAUGAAAAAUACUCAAAACAUAGAUAUGGUCGCUGCAGAGAAAGAUAUAAACUGGGCAAAAAUCAACAGCAGUUUUCAGGGUCCAAAUCCAGGAGAAUCGCCCAGUGUGAUUCUAGCUCACAGGUUUCCUGUUCUGGGAACGGUGAAGAGCCAACAAAUUGCCAGGGACCUCAGCGCGGCAGAUUGGGCUCUUACUCAAGAGAGAGAAUUUAUUGUUUAAAUAAAAGCGAGAGAAGUCAAGAAUCUUUGGACAGCCCUCGUAUUUGUGACCUGGGAAAAGUAAAAUCCCUGCAGUAUAACUCUGGGAAUUUCAGCUGCCUUCUAAGAAACUGUUCUACCAGCCCUUCAGAAAGCACCGAGUUAGCCAUUACAGAAGGAGAGAGGACCCCUCUGACAGCCAAAAGCCUUUUAGAAAGAGUGCAAGCCAAGAGGUGUCAGGAACAACCAACUAAUUUUGAGCUGUCUUCAAAGAAUUGUGAAAAUGAAUCAGAGGCCCAUUCACAAAUUCAAUGCACAAUUCAAUUCACACCACUGGGGUGUAACAGACCCACAUUGCCUUUGUCUGAAAGAACACAGAAUGCAAGUAAGAAAAGAAUUGAUAAAGGCAGUGCAAUUCAAAGAACUAUUGAGAAAGACAAAGUCAAAAGUUCACAGACAAAUAAUUUUCAUGUUUUAGUAGAUCCUGAUUGUGAUAACCAUCUUUCUAAAGAUAUAAUUCAUGUAGUAGCAGAUUCACAGACACCAAACGUGAAAAAGAACCCAACAACAAAAGAACCAGUAAAACCUUUAAUUAGCGAAGUCCAACAUUUUAUUCAAAGCCGUGACCCACUACCAAAUGAUUUCCCUGGUGCUUUUCCAUCAAAUAGAUAUAGUGGUGUUACUGAUUCAACAGAGACCAAAGAGGACCAAAUAAAUCCUGACUUACAGGAUGUAAGCAUGCAUAUGAAUCAUGUAGAGGGGAAUAUAAACUCUUACUCUGACAGAACUAUGCAGAAGCAUGACAAAGUAGAAGAUGAAUUAGAAGUGUGCCAUAAAUCUAGCUCUCCCCCCUUAAUUCAACAGCCAAUAACAUUUUCUCCCGAUGAAAUGGAUAAAUAUAAGCUCCUACAGCUACAAGCCCAGCAGCACGUGCAGAAACAGCUCCUCUCAAAGCAUCUUCGAGUUGUGCCUGCCUCGGGGCCCACCGCCUUCUCUCCGGCCUCGGCGGUCCAGACUGUACCGAUUCACCAGCGCACCUCCAUCACCACCAUCCACCACACCUUCCUGCAGCAUUUUGCUGUUUCUGCUUCCAUAAAUUCCCAUGGUGGUCCCCUCCCUAUAGCUCAUCUACAUCCCCUUUCCCAGCCACAUUUUACACCGUUCACGUUUUCACCUCUGACUCCAACCAUCAUCCCCACACACCCCACUUUCUUAGCGGGUCAUCCACUGCAUUUGGUCACUACUGCCCCUUUCCACCCACCUCACAUCGCGCUUCAGCCCCUGCCCUCGGCCACAUUGAUCCCCGCAUUGUUUGGCCCUCACUUGAACCCAGCUACAGCAUCUAUCAUCCACUUGAAUCCUUUAAUCCAACCAGUGUUUCAAGGUCAAGAUCUUUGCCACCAUUCUUGCUCCAGUCAGAUGCAGCAGUUAAACGGAGUGAAAGAGGCCUUAAAUAUAUCAACGCACUUAAACUAA